AUCCAGAUGGUAUGGAAUCAGGUGCGGCAGCCUGUAAAGUCGAUAUCUCUCUCUGUAAAUUAAAAAUCAAGCAUCGCGCACUCAAAUUCUCAACACGUCACUUCUCCACAAACAAACCUUCUGAUAAACCCAUCCAAUAAACGGUCUAGUCCGGUCCGGUCCAAUCAGACCCGGUUUGUUUUACAACUGAAUGAUAAAGCAACCGCACCACAGCGUAUAUUAGCAUCUCCUUCGCCACACACUAUUCUAAAGCCAUUUCAUUUCUUCGAUUCAAUUCAAUCUCUCUCUCCACUCUGGAACCGUGCAGCGAAUCUAGGUUAUAUCCAUCGGAAAUCUCGCGGCGGAAAUGAAGGACUUGCCGGAGAAUCGCCGGCACUCUUCUUCCGAUUCAUCUAAUUCGAGCGAUUGUUCGGUUAGAAUGGAGCGUGAUCAAGGUGCUGGGAGCGUUAGUACUAGCAAGGAUGUUGAGGAUAGUAUCGAUGUUGUUUCCAAUGGAGUUUCCGUUAAUAACGGUAGCGGUAGUUCUUCAACUUCAGGCAUUCCAAGCAGGGGGUUGCCCAAAGUGACCACAUUGCCAGUAGAUAUAUCCCAUGGAGAUAAAUUAGAGUCAAGUCCAAGUAAUUUUAAGUUGGAAAGGUCAAAAACAGAGAGACAGAGACAUCUAAGGCCUGAGGAAGCAGCACAAAUUUUUGAUGACAAAUUUCCUGUACAGGAAAAGCUUAGAUUGUUGAACAGAAUAGCUACUGUAAAAGAUGACGGAACUGUAGAAUUUGAGGUUCCAAUAGACGUUGAAACUGAAGUUCUUGGUGCUAGAUCCAAUCAUGUAAAUAAUGUUAUUGAUGAUUCACUUGGUGCAACGGACCUUGAUUACAUUCCUCCAUUGAAUAUAGUGAUGCUUAUUGUUGGUACACGGGGAGAUGUACAACCAUUUGUUGCAAUCGGAAAACGCUUGCAGGAUUAUGGUCAUCGUGUUAGAUUAGCAACUCAUUCCAAUUUCAAGGAGUUUGUUUUGACGGCUGGGUUGGAGUUUUAUCCGUUAGGGGGCGAUCCAAAAGUCCUUGCUGGUUAUAUGGUUAAAAAUAAGGGCUUUCUGCCAUCAGGACCCUCUGACAUACCUACUCAGAGAAAUCAAAUGAAAGAAAUUAUUAACUCUCUGCUUCCUGCUUGUAAAGAACCUGAUAUUGAUUCUGGUGUCCCCUUUAAAGCAGACGCAAUCAUUGCCAAUCCCCCAGCAUAUGGGCAUACCCAUGUUGCAGAGGCACUAAAAAUUCCAAUUCAUAUUUUUUUCACAAUGCCUUGGACGCCAACAACUGAAUUUCCUCAUCCCUUGUCUCGUGUAAAGCAACAAGCUGGUUAUAGGCUUUCUUAUCAAAUAGUUGACUCGUUAAUUUGGCUUGGAAUACGAGACAUGAUUAAUGAUCUUAGGAAGAAAAAGUUGAAGCUACGGCCAGUCACAUAUUUAAGCGGCUCACAAGGUUCUGAAACUGACAUUCCUCAUGCAUAUAUAUGGAGUCCUCAUCUUGUUCCUAAACCAAAAGAUUGGGGACCCAAAAUCGAUGUAGUAGGAUUUUGCUUUCUUGAUCUAGCAUCAAACUACGAACCUCCUGAGUCCCUUGUAAAAUGGCUUGAAGAUGGAGACAAGCCGAUUUACAUAGGGUUCGGUAGCCUGCCGGUCCAAGAUCCAAAAAAGAUGACACAAAUAAUUGUAGAAGCACUGGAGACCACAGGACAGAGGGGCAUCAUCAAUAAAGGAUGGGGAGGUCUUGGAAAUUUGACAGAACCAAAGGACUCUAUAUACUUGUUGGAUAAUAUUCCUCAUGAUUGGCUAUUUUUACACUGCAAAGCAGUGGUGCAUCAUGGAGGAGCAGGAACAACAGCUGCAGGGUUGAAAGCCGCUUGCCCAACGACCAUAGUCCCUUUUUUUGGCGAUCAACCGUUUUGGGGUGAGAGAGUGCAUGAUAGAGGAGUUGGGCCUCCACCUAUCCCAGUUGACGAGUUUUCUCUUCCUAAGUUGAUUGAUGCCAUAAAUUUUAUGCUAGAUCCCAAGGUAAAGGAUCAUGCAAUUGAACUUGCCAAGGCCAUGGAAAAUGAGGACGGGGUAACUGGAGCUGUGAAAGCAUUUUUUAAGCAGCUUCCUCAAAAGAAACCCGAGUCUGAUACAGAGCCGUCUUCAUCUAAAUUUUUCUCUUUAAGUAAAUGUUUUGGUUGUUCCUGAUCCAAUGCAAGCUGGUCAACCCCCCACCUUUCUUCAAUCUCUAUGUACAUCCCAAUUAUAUAUGUUGCUGCAUCAACGAGAUGUGCUCAACUUGUUAGUUGUUACAGUCACGUGAUUGCAUAUGUCCGUGCAUGCUUUUAUUAGCUUUGAUAUGUAUAUGUAAAUUUUCUGUUGUGUUUAAUACUAUUGAUUCCUUUGGUGCCCA